GUCCUCCAUCCCGAGUCAUUCUUUCAUAUCCUCCUCCUGCGCCUCCUCCUCCUCCUCGCUCUUUAAUCUUCUGUCCCCUCUCCGACCACCGCUUUAUAUACCAGCAGUAACUUAGACAAAAGCUGGUAGGUGCUUUUUUUUGUCUGAUCGGAAUAUGGUCAUCCUCAUUUGAACGGCUCACUAAAGGCGCCGGUAGCCUUGUCCGGAGCAAUCGAUACUUGAGACCUUCUUUCCGCCACCGCGCGGAUCCGCUGCGCCAACCGUAUAGAAUCUAUAGAGCUCAUAUAACCAGGAAUCCUUUCCUGGAAGUUCUUGCACAUCAUGCCGCCGCUCAAACGCAAAGCUUUAGAUAGUGGUCGGUCUAGUCGAGCCUCGAAACGCGCCACUCCCGUGCCCGACAUCAGUAGCGGCGAUGAGUACUCAGACUAUGAGGAGGACGUCAAGGAAGAUAACCUGAAAGAUGUCGUGGAGAAUUUCAACUUGGAGUCUUUCAGCAAAAAGGGCGACACCGCCAUUCAGAGGCAGGACCCCAAUUUCGGAUACAAGGACUUCUCGUCCCUGGCAUUGAAGCCGGACCAUGCGAACCGACCCCUCUGGAUCGAUCCACUCAAAGGCACCAUCACCCUGGAGAGUUUCUCCCCGCUCGCUCCCCAGGCCCAAGACUUCCUGACCACCAUCGCCGAACCGCUCUCCCGGCCGACGCAUCUGCACGAGUAUCGGUUGACCGGAAACAGUCUAUAUGCUGCGGUGUCGGUCGGAUUGCAGCCGCAGGAUAUCAUCAACUUCCUCGAUCGACUGUCGAAGACGCCGCUCCCCGAGACCAUUAAGUCGUUCAUUAUCGAUUUCACCAAGUCGUAUGGCAAGAUCAAGGUGGUGCUGAAACAUAACCGGUUCUUCGUGGAAAGUACCGACCCGGCGAUGCUGCAGAUGCUGCUGCAAGAUGAGGUGAUCGGGCCGCAGCGCUUGCAAGGGUCGGAAGGCAUCAUUCAGCAGGCGGCGCCGAAGAUGGGCGGCUUGGUUAUCCCCGGUACCAAGGACGCUGCAGGCGUGAAGCAGACCACGGACCAGAAGCCGGCCGAGGAGACAGCAGCAGAGGCUCGACGCGAGGACGAUAUUCUUCUCGCUAUCCGUGAUGAUGACGACGAUGAGGAACAAGCGCAGGUGCACAGUUUUGAAAUCCCCAACGAAGCUGUUGAACCUGUCAAGGCGCGCUGUCAGGCCAUGGGCUGUCCGGCAUUGGAAGAGUACGAUUUUCGGAAUGACGAGAUCAACCCUACCCUCGAUAUCGACCUGAAACCCAAUGCACGCAUUCGAAGUUACCAGGAGAAGAGCUUGAGUAAGAUGUUUGGUAAUGGACGUGCCAAGAGUGGAAUCAUCGUCCUGCCCUGUGGUGCCGGUAAGACAUUGGUGGGUAUCACGGCAGCGUGCACGAUCAAAAAGGGCACCAUCAUCCUGUGUACCAGUUCCAUGUCCGUCGUGCAAUGGAGAAACGAAUUCCUGCGGUGGUCUAACAUCGACCCGGGCGACAUCGCCGUUUUUACCUCGGACAACAAGGAGAAAUUCCGCCGAUCGACCGGUAUCAUUGUUUCCACGUACUCCAUGGUAUCUCAGACGCGGGCGCGAUCCCACGAUGCGCAAAAGAUGAUGGACUGGAUCCAGGGGCGCGAAUGGGGGUUGAUGAUUCUUGACGAGGUGCACGUCGUCCCUGCAUCCAUGUUCCGGAAGGUCACAUCCGCCAUCGCUUGUCAGAGCAAGCUUGGAUUGACGGCUACCCUACUGCGUGAGGAUGACAAGAUCAAGGAUCUGAACUUCCUGAUUGGGCCCAAGCUGUACGAAGCCAACUGGAUGGAGCUGGCUGAGCAAGGGCACAUUGCCAAGGUGCAAUGCGCUGAAGUGUGGUGCCCGAUGACAACCGAGUUCUAUUCGGAGUACAUGCGGGAGAAGUCUCGCAAAGCCGCUCUCCUCUACAUCAUGAACCCUCGCAAAUUCCAGGCGUGUCAGUUCCUGAUUGACUACCACGAGAAGCGCGGUGACAAGGUGAUUGUCUUCUCGGACAACGUCUACGCUCUCGAGCGGUAUGCGCUCAAGCUGAACAAGGCCUAUAUCUACGGGGGCACCCCCCAGAAUGAGCGCAUGCGGAUUCUCGAGAAUUUCCAACACAACGAGCAGGUCAAUACGAUCUUCCUGUCCAAGAUUGGCGAUACGUCUCUUGAUCUGCCGGAAGCUACGUGCCUGAUCCAGAUUUCGUCGCAUUAUGGGUCGCGUCGUCAGGAGGCGCAACGGCUUGGCCGCAUUCUCCGGGCCAAGCGUCGUAACGACGAGGGCUUCAACGCGUUCUUCUACUCGUUGGUGUCGAAAGACACGGACGAGAUGUUCUAUUCUUCGAAACGACAAGCCUUCCUGGUCGACCAGGGCUAUGCCUUCAAGGUCAUUACUCAUCUGCAAGGUAUCGAGAACCUGGAAGGGCUUGCCUACGCGACCCCCGCCGAGCGCCGCGAGUUGUUGCAGGAGGUGAUGCUGCAGAACGAGACCUCUGCGGAAGUCGAACACGUCAACGACGACCUGUUCUCCGAGCGCUCGGGCGGCGCCCGGGCUCGCAAGGGGGCGGUCAAGCGCAGCGCUGCGACCCUCAGUGGGUUGGCGGGUGGCGAGGACAUGGCCUACAUCGAGUACAACAGGAGCCGGAAUAAGCAGCUCAAGGAUAAGGCGGGUCACCAUCCGCUGUUCCGGAAGAUGGAACGGGAGCGGUUGAAACGGAAGAAGGAACUGGAGGACUUUAUGCGUUAGCUGUUCGAGUUUCCCGACUGCUAUAGUCUGGCGAUAGUUUCCUGGCAGAAUGCAAGUUGAGAUCAUGACCAACAUUUGGAAAGCAUAAAAAGGUGUACACUGCCGGCGUAAGGUUCUAGCCACUCUUUCAA